UCUCGUAAGUCCUAACACAGUCAACAAAAAAUUACCUUAACGUAACCCCAACUCCCCCACUGGCCAUUCCUCCGAUCGGCAAACUUCGAAGAUUCCCGGCGACCGGAGGGCGGCAAUGGAGGGUAGCAGCGUACCUAUGAAAAAAUCUAGGCGAAAUCGGAUCGUACGCCGCGAUCUUAACUCCCAGGAAAUAUCUGGAGAGACCGCCAUGGCUUCAGGCGAAAUGGAAGAAGUGGAGGAGGAUGAGAUCGACAUCGACAAUUCGAAUGAUUACGGCUAUGAAGGUGUACCAGAGGUCGGCAUGGUGUUCAAAACCCACCAGGAUGUUUCUAAAUUCUACAAGGCUUAUGCUCGGCGAGUGGGAUUCGGGGUCUCUGUGAGGAGAUCGUCCUUCACGAAAGAAGGUCUCUGCUUGUAUCUUGAGCUCAUGUGCUGCAAAGGCGGCGGCAACAAGCGUGCAGAACCUAAGUUCAGGAAGAGGACUAGUGCAACCACCAAUUGUUUGGCUAGGAUCCGGGUGAAGCUCUGGGCGGAUGGGCUGCUGCAUUUGGAGCUUGCUAAUCUUGAUCACAACCAUCCCGUCAGCCCUUCGAUGGCUCGAUUCUUGAAUUGUAAUAGGCAUUUGUCAGGAUCUGCGAAGAAGCGCGCUAGGAUUGAUGAGUGUGAUGCAGCCCAGAUUGGCGAGGAACAAGUGCAAGAGCCUGCCAAUGGUUUAGGCGCUCUGGAGGAUUUGCUUUUUGGUGAGAGUGACUGCAAGAGCUUUGUUGAAAGAGCAAGGUUGAAGCUUGGAGAAGGUGAUGCUGAGGCAAUUCGACUGUUCUUCACUCGGAUGCAGGCCAAAAACUCGAACUUUUAUAAUGUUAUUGAUUUGGAUGAGGUGGGGUGUGUGAGAAAUGUGUUCUGGGCUGAUGCAAGAUCCAGGGCAGCCUACCAGUAUUAUAAUGAUGUUGUGUCUCUUGAUACUACCUAUGUCUCUAAUAAGUAUGAUAUGCCACUUUCAACUUUUGUAGGAGUUAACCAUCAUGGUCAGUCUGUGCUACUUGGUUGUGCUUUACUCUCAGAUGAGAGUACCGAAACCUAUAUAUGGUUGCUGAAAGCUUGGAUAGCUUGCAUGUCGGGGCAGCUCCCCAAGGCAUUAAUCUCUGAUCAUUGUAAAAGCAUUCAGAUUGCAGUAUCUGAGGUGCUUCCUAGAGUUCGUCAUCGACUUUGCUUGUGGCAGAUCAUGAAGAAAGCUUCGGAGAAGUUAGGUGGACUGACGGAGUAUAGGGCUAUCCAUAAAGCAAUGCAGAAAGCUGUUUAUGAUUCACUAAGCGUUGAGGAGUUUGAAAUGGAGUGGGGGAAGAUGAUUGAGAUUUAUGGGCUUCGGGAAAAUGAUUGGAUGAGUUCGUUGGAUGAAGGCCGACACUCUUGGGCUCCUGUCUAUCUGAAAGAUACAUUUUGGGCGGGUUUGUCCAUUACACAAAGGAAUGAAUCCUUGACUGCAUUUUUUGAUGGGUAUGUGGAUGCAAAGACUUCUUUGAAGCAGUUUGUUGGUAAAUAUGAAUUGGCUUUGCAAAGCAAGUAUGAAAAAGAAGCCCAAUCUGAUUUUGAAACAUUCCAUAAGCGGCGCCCCUCUGUAUCAAAAUUUUACAUGGAAGAGCAAUUAUCGACGGUUUACACCCUGGACAUGUUUAAAAAAUUUCAGGAUGAGAUAGAAGCUAUCAUGUAUUGCCAUGUAUCAGUUAUUAAGGUGGAGGAAUCAAUAUCUACAUUUGAUGUGAAGGAAUGCAUCUUCCUUGAGGAUGGGAAGAGGACAAUGAAUAAGAAUCACGGGGUUCUCUACAAUUCAGAAGAUAAGGAUGUUCAGUGCAUUUGUGGUUCUUUUCAGUUUACAGGAAUUUUAUGUCGGCAUGCUUUGUCUGUCUUCAAGCUACAGCAAGUGCAUGAAAUUCCAUCUCAGUAUGUUCUUGAUCGGUGGAAGAAGGAUUUCAAGCGCUUGCAUGUUCUGAACAGGUUCUCAGAAGAUGUGGUUUCUAGCAAUAGAAUUGGUCGAUAUGAUUACUUGUCAAUGCGAUGUCUUCAACUUGUUGAGGUUGGGGUUUUAUCUGACAAAUACCAACUUGCUUUGAAGUUGAUUAGGGAAAUGGAGAAGUUUCUUCUGAGUGACAGUACACAUGAAGGGACACAACCAAAGAUUAUUGCUCGUGUAAAUAAGCCAUCUAAGCCAGAUAAUGUUUCCAUUGAAUACAUUGGAUGUGCCACUCUCUUGGAUAAGGGAAUUGAAGGGAGACGAAGGCGCGGUCGAGCAUCACAAGUGAAUGAAUCUCAGGAGCAAGUUAGCUCAAAUAUUUUGCCUCAUGGGAGCCAGUAUGUAUUGCAAAUGCCUCCUCAACAAUUCAUUGACAAUCAAACAGCAAUUAGGCCCAGCAUUGUCUAUAUGUUCCCGGGAGGGUUUAAUCCGCAUGCCCUUGGUAAUGGAACAAUGAUGCCAUGGAUGUAUCAUCAAAUGUACCAGCCUAAGGAUCCUUCUGGCUUUGGUACUGCUCAAGCCAUUAGAAAGCGGAAGGUAUCUCGCCGCUUAAAGACGACACAAGGAGGUGAAAACCCACAUUGUCCUCCACCCCACCUGUGUCAUAGAACUGCCUCUGCACUGUAGAAGAUCUGCUCUUGGUGUGUGUUAAACCACACAUAAACUUUGCAUUUCAUUAAUUGCAAACUUAAGCUUGCAUCUCCUUCAACAAUUGCUUAUGAUGGAAAUUUUAUACCGCGCCUUGGCAUCCAGCUGAUAUGUUUGUUUAAUCUUUGCUGGACGAUCUGUUGGUUUAAGUUGCUUCCAGUUUGUUGCAAAAUAGUUAUUUUCUUGAAAUUAGACCUGUUCGAAGCUUCGGUGCAUCUUAGAUUUUGAUCUCGGAUAUCUGAUUAUCUCCAACUUGCUGUUUUUUGCCUUUUGAGAGUUAGCAAUUCGAGUCCAGAUGUGUAAUUAGAAGUCCAGAAAAGAUCUUGUAGAGUUUCCAAAAUCUAUGGCACGAACCACAGCUGAAAUCGUUGAUCUGAAAGAAAAAGACAUCAAUGGCAAGAUUGUUUGUGUGACGACUUUCAAUGCGAGGAAUCCUGCCAAGAGCAAUUUUCGAAGUUUCAUGGCUUAGGCGCAGGAAGUAUACGGCAGCUAAGAAGUAGAGUUUCUUUCACAGGAUUGAAACUUAGGCUUCGUUUGGGACGGCUUUAUUACUACUUCAAUAAGGCAGUUUUUUAGUAAAAAACUAAAAUUUUUAUACUAGAAAACUGUUUUAAAAACUAGAAAGAAAGUCGUCCCAAACGAAACCUUACUGUGUGCCAUUCUGAAGCGGCUUAUGUUAAUUUUAUGCCAACAUAUUACAUGGGAUUUGACUUUGUCUGUAAGGCAGCUCUCAUCUCGGUCUUGUGGACUCUCUCUUAAUCUGUAAGAGAGAUGGAGUUGUGUAAAUAUUGUAGUGUGGUGUGCUUGGAUAAACUAUGUUGUGUUUUUAAUGAGAGUUCUGUUUAAGCUAGGAAAUUCUAGCUCA